AUGCCUGAUGCACCCCUGUUUCGCCUCUCCCUCGCAGGCUCGCAGCAGGUGGUGUCGGAGAUGAGGGAAAGAGUGGGGGAGCUGCAGAGGGACUUGGAGGAGGAUGGAAUCCAUCCGCUCGCAGCAGGUGGUGUCGCAGUGAGGGAGAGAGUGGGGGAGCUGCAGCGGGACUUGGAGGAGGAUGGAUGCAAUUCAUCCCAGGUGGUGUCGGAGAUGAGGGAGAGAGUGGGGGAGCUCCAGAGGGACUUGGAAGAAGACUCAGCGAGGGUAGAUGAGGCGAAGGAGCAGAAGGGCGAGCAGGAGGCGGAGAUCAACGCCCUCGUGGAAAAGGUGAAGGAGUAUCAGACAAGGAUCAGCAAGCUCGUGCGGCGGCAAGAAGAGCUUCGGGAGAAGCGAGCGAAUCUUGAAGCAGAUGCAGACCAGCGCACCACCAAGAUACGCAAGGAGAUUGUUCUCUUUUCAGGUUUCACCAACAUCCGCCUGGAUGUGGACGUGAAGGACCGGUUUGUCGGCACGUUGAUGCACCCCUCAGGCAACCCCGAGCUCGCCAGGCCGGUUGACUUUAACACCUCUGCCGCCAACACCACCACCGUUGCGUACCAGCUCUGGAACAUGGUAUGA